AUGGCAGCCACAGACGGCCAAGUUGUUGUCGCAGCAUGCCGCUGGACAGACGAAGGACACUACCUCAGAGAGUUUGUCGUUAAGAAUCGCCUCCCAAAUGUCGCUAAAAUUAUUAAAGGCCAAUAUGGAGGCCUUGGAGUUCCAACGUUACCAAGUCCUGGACUUCAGAGCACGGCUCUAAUUGUAUCAGCAGGAAAAAGAAAAAAAAUAAUAGCUCAAGCAAUAAAACUUAAAGAAGGUAGACGUAUGGUCAGUGUAGGACCGCGAAUUGCCAUUCCAGAUUCAUAUAAAGGUUAUUUUGAGCUACUAAGUGAGGAAGGUAGAGCCGUUCGAUGUAUAGAACAUGUUUCAGAGUUAGCGAAACGAAAACUGGAAGAUGGAUGUUUAGUAAGGGAGCCCGUUAGAGUUAUAUGUGCUAAGACAGACUUAGAUGGAAAUAUUACUGCUGAUGGAGCGAGAAAUCUACCAGCUGGUGAAGUGAUAAUGCCUAGAGGCGAAACAUUUUUAGGUAAAAAUAAAUAUUUAAAAUGCACUGAUUCUAAAGGGGACACUAUUUUACUCAGUUUGGAUCAAAGAGGAAAAUUUUCUGCUAUUGCUAAAGAAGAGAACAUAAGUGGAGUUCAUACAGCUAAAACAUUAUUGACAAAACGAUUACCUAUCACAGUUAGACUAGUACAUGGGACUCCACCUAGAGGACUGAAAAGUGCAAGCCAUUUUGUUCCAGAAUUAAGGUUAUUGUCUUUAUUUGAAGAGGAUCAUGUUUUUGCGCUACCAUUACAGAAGGAAGGCAAUUCGUUAGUCGCCCUUCCUCUCGCAGCUCCUCUAAAAAUGUUGCGAUGCAAAAAUGAAGAGCAAAUAAAGAACUUCAUGGAAUUCGCCAGACUAAUAGAAAAAUGUAAUAGAUUACUAGUAGACGUAGUAGAUCGGAUACAUGUUUUAGAUGGAAAACUCGGAGAUCCUAAAAGAUUAUUAAAUGCGCCGCUUCACGCACCACCAUUAAUAAAAACAGGUUACUUUUUAAGACGAAGUGCUUCCUCUGAUUCCGCUAACCAACAUAAAUACAUGAACCGCCAUAGUCAUAUCUACAGCAGUCAUAGAGACGAAAACAGUAUUCCUGAUGAGUAUGAUGAAAUAGAUCAAAUAUACGACUACGUAAGAGGUUUUGCUCCUUUGCCCAAAAAUAUUAAAGCGUCUUACUGUAAUGAGCCAACUCGACACGAAUCCGCACCGGCUUCGCCUGCAGCUACGCCUAUCCAUAUGCCCUUAAUUACGGAAAUCAAACCUGAACCUCCCCCCAUAGAAACAAUCCCAACUAAAAAACCUCUUAACCAAAAAGCUGAAAAAAGAACACGUAAAUCAACGGCCACAACAAAAGAAACUCCAAUAACUGUAUACAAAGAAAAAUGUUCUAUAGCACCAGCAGCGAAUUUGCCAAAAUUGUAUAUUAAGAACAGUGUAAACAAUAAUAAGGGUAGGCCAUUACUGAGUCAGAAAAGCCAUUCGCCGACUAAAGAGGCACCUAGUCCAGGAACUAGUCCACUUAGACCUUUAACAAAAGGGGAUUCACCAAUAUUCAAUAUACGAUACAAGAGUCUAUCAAAUAUUCACCAAGCCAUGGAAUUGGAUGGUACAUUGGACUCAAGUCACUCUGGAGGCAGAACUUCAGGUGAUUCUGGAAACGGACCAAAGUUACCAGAAAAAAGAUCUAGGAAGAUAAGCAGACCUAAAUCCUUAACGAAUUUAGUAUGGGAACUAACAGGCUCAAAAGAGAGUACCUACGCUGUAUCUUUAAAUUUUGGUCCACGUUGUCGCAUCAAAAUCGACACGUUCGCGACCGAAAUCAAAAGAUCAGAACGAGAAGAAGACGAACUAGCGAGUUUUAAACUCGUCACACAAUGUAAUAUUCGAUUACUAUCAGAGGUCCCGCACACUGCAGACUUUAUAUGGAGCGUU